UUCCCCUCCACAAAUUCCAAGAAUUCCAACCCCAAAACAAGUUGGAAUUUUCUCAAGAAAAAAAAAACCCAAUUCAAUGAAACCCUAAUCAAACAAACUACAAAUUACUGUUCAAUUCCCUGCUCUCACUAAUGCAUCAAACUCAAAAACUGCAUGCCUUAACACUACUACUAUGUAUAUUGGGAAUUGGGUUAGGGUUAAAUUUCGGGUAUGCAUUAAAAAUGCCAUUUCGGGUCAAAGAUGUAUUACCCGUAUUGCCACGUGAGGUUUCUUGGCCUGUGCUUAACACUAUACAUAGCCCUGUGGAUUUAUUGCCCACUUACAUUGGAUCACUUGCUCCAAAUAAUGGGUCAAUUAGUUGGAAAGGAGCUUGCUUUUUUGAGAAUGAAGCUAGGGUUGAGUUAACCGGGCCCGGUGAUCGCGGUAUUGGUGGUGCCACUAUCCAUCUUUCGACAGGCGCAGCACACAGCUGGACGUGUAUGGAUCUGUAUGUAUUUGCUACACCUUAUAGGAUAACCUGGGACUACUACUUUUCGGGCCACGAUCACACAUUUAAAAUUGAGUCAUGGGAGGAACCUGCUGAAAGGGAAUAUGUCAAGCAACAUGGAAUCUCUGUGUUUCUCAUGCCAUCAGGGAUGCUUGGAACCUUGCUUUCCUUGGUGGAUGUACUACCCUUGUUUUCUAACACGGCAUGGGGCCAGCAUUCUAACCUUGCUUUUCUGAAGAAGCACAUGGGUGCGACAUUUGAGAAACAUCCACAUCCACGGCAGGCAACAAUUAACCCAGAUGAUGUUCAUUCUGGUGAUUUCUUAGCUCUGUCAAAGAUACGUGGACGGUGGGGUGGGUUUGAAACUCUUGAGAAGUGGGUCACUGGUGCCUUUGCUGGUCAUACAGCAGUUUGUUUGAAGGAUGAGUUGGGUAAUCUUUGGGUUGGUGAAUCAGGACACGAAAAUGAAAAGGGUGAAGAAAUUAUAGCGGUUAUCCCUUGGGAUGAAUGGUGGGAAUUGACACUCAAGGAUGAAUCUAACCCACAAGUUGCUUUGUUGCCCUUACAUCCUGAAGUGCGCGCAAGAUUUAAUAAUACCGCAGCAUGGGAAUAUGCUCGGAAAAUGUCCGGGAAACCAUAUGGUUACCAUAACAUGAUUUUUAGUUGGAUUGACACUGUUGCUGAUAAUUACCCUCCACCUCUUGAUGCUCACUUGGUGAUUUCUGUCAUGUCCAUGUGGACAAGAGUGCAGCCAGCAUAUGCUGCUAACAUGUGGAACGAAGCUCUGAAUAAGAGGCUUGGCACUGAGGAUUUGGACUUGUAUGGUAUUCUUGCUGAAACUGAAAAACGUGGUAUAACAUUUGAUCAAUUGCUGACCAUCCCGGAACAAGAUGAAUGGGUCUAUAGUGAUGGCCAAUCCACUACAUGCGUGGCUUUCAUUCUAGCAAUGUACAAAGAAGCUGGAGUUUUUGGCCCUGUUUCCAACUCUAUUCAAGUUACAGAGUUCACUAUAAGAGAUGCCUACAUGCUCAAAAUUUUCGAAGAUAAUCAGACACGCCUCCCGAGUUGGUGCAACGGUGGAGACAAUAAGGUCUCUUUCUGCCAGAUUCGUGGUGAAUACCAAAUGGAACUGCCCGGGUACAACACAUUGGAGCCAUAUGCCAAUAUGAAUGAGAAUUGUCCUUCUUUACCUCCACAUUAUGAGAGGCCUGGACGUUGUUGAAUCUGGACUAAACUUGUGUGUCAGUAUAUCCCACGGGACCUAGCUUGGUCUCUAUUGGUUAAACAUGUAUCAGAUUAUCGAGUGUUAUGAAUGUGCUCUGCUUGUUCUUCAGUUUCCACAUGAAAUAUCUGUAAUUGUACAUUAGUCCAUGCAAACUGUAGUUUCUUAGAUGUUCAAGCCUAUGCUGGUUGGUAGAUGGAAAAUAACGUAGAUUAAGUUAAGGACUCAAUGCCUCGAAGUCUUGUUGUGUAUCUGUUCUUGUAAAUAGAUGCAAGUGUUUUAGUGAAUCUUCACCAAACGUGAACUAAAUGUUAGAGCAAUUCGGGUCAUGAUAUGCUGAAUCCUGUUAUUUUGUUCUUUCA